AGGGCGCCCUGUAGCUGCAGAGGUGACCUGUGAAUUCGCAUGACUCGCAGCGUUUGUGUACAAGUGUGUUAAAAUUGACUAUAUGUUGAUGAUUGAAUCUAACGCCUGACACCAGGAGGUCAGAAAAGCUGAGGAAUAACGGCUCUACCUGUGGAAGCGUGAUUCUCUCUGAAAACAAGCGCAAUUUUCUAAUGACACAUCGAGAGGAGACGAUCUGUAAAUAAAAGGUUUGUCAACGGAACUUGUCAAGGACUUCGGAUAAAGAAAACUACAAAAGAACGGGAUAUUUUCGGGAAUCGUAAUAUGAAAAAGGAGCAGCUCGAAACAUUAGGAUUUGUCCCUCAAAAAGACAUUGUCUACAACAAACUCCUUCCUUAUGCAGAGAAACUAGACGACGAAUCCAAUGACAUUUUGUCCAGAAUCAAAGGGAACUUGGGUCGCGCUAUCCAACUCAGAGAGUUAUGGCCCGGAGUUUUGUUUUGGACAAGGAAACUCUCGACGUACCUUCGUCUUAAUGGAAGAAAGUUCAGUAAAGAGGACCAUGUGCUCUUCGUUAAGCUCUUGUACGAGUUGGUCACCAUCCCUGAGCUGGAAAUCAGCAUGUUGCAGGGCUUUGCUCGACUCCUCAUCAACUUACUCAAAAAAAAAGAACUGCUCUCACAGGAUGAUCUCGAGUUGCCUUGGAGGCCAUUGUAUGAGCUCUAUGAGAAGAUCCUUUACUCUAAAACCGAACAUCUUGGUCUCAACUGGUUUCCAAAUUAUCAAGCAGAAGCCUCCCCUAAACAAAAAAUGCUUAAUUUUGUGCGCAAGCGCUCUGUGGAGAAUGUGCUGAAGACACUGGUGAAGAGUUGCCGAUUGUAUUUCCCUGAGUCAGCCACGCAGGAGAUGUUGGAUGAGUGGCGCCCGCUCCUUUGCCCAUUUGAUGUCACUAUGCAGAAAGCCAUCAGCUACUUUGAGCUAUUUCUCCCCACCAUCAUUCCUCCAGAGCAGCACCACAAAGGCUUCAAGUUAUGGUUUGAUGAACUGAUGGGUCUGUGGGUCUCUGUACAAAAUCUGCCUAGCUGGGAGGGGAAUCUUGUGAAUCUUUUUGCCCGUUUGGCCAAUGACAACAUUGGCUAUAUAAACUGGGACCCUUUUAUCCCCAAGAUAUUCACCAGAAUUUUGCGAAGCUUCAACUUGCCUGUAGGCACAAGUCAGAUGGUGGUUCCUAAGUACCUCACCAACUCUUAUGACAUUGGCCAUGUUGUCCUCUGGAUCUCUGCCAUGCUGGGAGGUGCUCAGAACCAGGCCCAGAAGCAACUCAAUGGCCUCUUCAACAGCAUUGCCUCCUUCUACCACCCUUCCAACAAUGGCCGCUGGCUGAUGAAGCUGAUGAAGCUUCUGCAGCGUUUGCCAGCAAGUGUGGUGAGACGGCUGCAUCGCGAGCGCUACAAGAAACCUUGCUGGAUCACGCCAAUACCCUCCAGCCAUCGUCUUACUGAUGACAACAUCACAGAGUUUGUGGAGAGCAUGAAGCAGCCAGUUCUGAUGGCCAUUUUCAGUAAGACAGGCAGCAUGGAUGCAGCCCAAGCACUGCAGAAUCUAGCUCUGAUGAGACCUGAGCUGGUCAUUCCUCCUGUACUGGAAAAGACUUACCCUGCCAUGGAGACCUUAACAGAACCACACCAGCUGACAGCCACUCUCAGCUGUAUGAUCGGCAUGGCUCGCAGCCUGCUCAGUGGUGGGAAACACUACCCAGAAGGCCCUGCUCAUGUGUUGCCACUGUUAAUGAGGGCCCUGCCUGGCGUAGACCCCAACGAUUUCAGCAAGUGCAUGAUAACAUUCCAAUUCAUUGCUACCUUUACUACCCUUGUGCCUUUGGUGGACUGCUCGUCUGCCCUCCAUGAGCUGAAUGACUUGACAGAGACAGAGAGAGAGUUGUGUUCAGCCUCAGCUGAGUUUGAGGACUUUGUCUUGCAGUUUAUGGAUAGGUGCUUUGCACUGAUUGAGAGCAGUACUCUAGAGCAGACACGAGAAGAGACAGAGACGGAAAAAAUGACUCACCUGGAGAGCCUAGUGGAGCUCGGCCUGUCCUCCACCUUCAGCACCAUCCUCACUCAGUGUUCCAUGGAAAUAUUCAAGGUGGCUCUUGAGAAAGUCUUUAACUUUGCCACUACCAACAUCUUUGAGACACGUGUAUCAGGUCGAAUGGUAGCAGACAUGUGCAGAGCAGCAGCUAAGUGUCAUCCGGCUGAGUGUCUCAAACUGUUUGUGCCCCACUGCUGCAGUGCUAUAAGUCACAUCACUGCUAAUGAGGAUGUUUUGAAUGAAGAGGAGCUGGAUAAGGAGCUGCUGUGGAACCUUCAGCUGCUUUCUGAGGUAACCCGUGUGGAUGGAGAAAAGCUGCUGCCAUACCGUACACAGUUGGUGCAGAUAAUGCAGCUGACCCUGCGGCUGCGCUGUAAGCAGGGCUACAGUCUGGCCUGCAACCUGCUGCAUCACGUCCUGCGCUCCAUGGCUCUCACCUACCCCACAGACUACUGCAGUGUGCCUGGCGGCUUUAACAGACCACUGAGCGAGUAUCUACCCAUUAAGGACUGGGGCCGUCCAGGCGACCUGUGGAACCUGCAGAUCUGUUGGCACGUGGCCAGCGCAGAGGAGAAAGCCUUUAUCUUCUAUAUUUUAGACCUUCUGCUCCAGCCAGAGCUGCAACGCCUGCAGAGAUAUGCCCAGGGCGAGCAGAACAUGAGCAGGGAUGAUGUUCUACAGAGCCUGUCAAUUGUGCAGCACUGCUUGCUGGGGGCUGGCUGCAUGUUUCCCCCUCUGGGUGGACCUCCUAUUACGACCCUCGUUCAUAGCAUGGUUAGUCUGGAGGAGACAAAGCGCUAUAUUGGGGUUGAGUAUGAUGAGUCCAGAGAGAACUACAGAGAGGCUAUCUGUAAAGUCAUGAGACAGCUUCUACAUUAUAUUCUGGAACAAUCAGAGGAUGACACAAAGUCCCUCUUUGCCAUCAUCAAGAUUAUUAAUGACCUCAUGCAUUUUAAAGGCUCCCACAAGCACGAGUUUGACUCUCGUUGGAAGAGUUUCACUUUGGUUAAGAAAUCUAUGGAGAACCGACUGCAUGGAAAGAAGCAACACAUACGAGCCCUACUCGUAGACCGAGUGCUUCUGCAACAUGAGAUGCGUAAACUUCUAGCGGAUGGCUGUGAAUACAAAACUGUUCACCAGGAUCUUCUCAGAGACCUUCUGCGUCUGUCCACCAGCACCUACAGUCAGGUCCGGAGUAAGGCUCAGAGUGUUUUGUUCACUGCUCUGGGAACUUAUAACUUCUGCUGUCGAGACAUCACUCCUCGAGUGCUGGAGCUGCUGGAGCCAGCCCCGACGAAUGUCACCCAGCAGCAGUUCAAGGGUGCUCUGUACUGUUUGUUGGGGAAUCAUGGAGGUGUUUGUCUGGCUAACCUGCAUGACUGGGACUGCAUUGCUCUGACAUGGCCAGCCAUAGUACGCUCAGGCCUCAGUCCUGCCAUGUCCCUGGAGAAACCCUCCAUUGUCAGGCUUUUUGAUGACCUUGCAGAUAAAAUCCAUCGCCAAUAUGAGACAAUUGGCAUUGACUUCACUGUGCCCCAGAGCACCCUGGAAAUUGGCCGCAAGAUCACAGAGUCAAGUAGCCCUGUUGCUCACAUGGGUCCUCCAUCUGAACAGGAGCUCGAGCAGGGACUUGCCUUUGAGCGGGCCAGAAAUCUGCAGGCUGUGCGGAGUUACGAAAAGCUGAUUCAUGAUCUAUUAGAAUGCCUCAGUGACAGAGACCUGCCAUGGAAGUUUGAGCACAUGGCUAUUGGCUUCCUGUCUCUGCUGCUGAGAGAUGACCGUCCUCUUCCUGCCCCAGCUGUGUGCUUUUUUGUCCAGAGUCUCAAUCAUGACGCACUUGUUGUGCGCAAGGUGGCGAUAUCUGCUGUAGCAGGAAUCCUCAAGCAGCUGAAGAGGCCCCGUGUGAAAGUGGCCAUCACACCCAGUGACAUCAGUGGGGUGAUUGAGCCAAAGGAGCUUGUAGCUGGAGACAGGCCAGGAAAUGACUGGCUUCAGUAUCAUGCUGAUAGCUUACCUCGCACUCAGCAGGAUUGGGACAAUUUCCGCUUUGUGGAGAAGACCCACUGGGGUUACUACUGUUGGCCAAAGAAGUUGAUGGUAUAUGCUCCUGUGGAGCAGCAGCUGAAAGACCUCAGGCUAGAGGAAAUGAAUGAGAGUGAACGAAUCAUCUAUGACCAUUUCUCUAACUCCAUAUUCAUCAAUCAGCUCAUUGAGUUCUUGUCACUCGAGGACCGCAAGGGAAAAGACAAAUUCAACCCACGUCGCUUUUGCCUCUUUAAGGGUCUAUUCAGGAACUACAGUAAUGCCUUCCUGCCAGUGCUUAAACCUCACAUGGAGCGUUUGGCUGGCGAUUCCCACGAGAGUACACAACGGUGUGUGGCUGAGAUCAUUGCUGGCUUAGUGAGAGGCAGCAAGCACUGGAGCUUUAGUCAGGUGGAGGCCCUCUGGCAAUUCCUGAAUCCUUUGAUGCGAAGAGCACUAUCCAACAUCACAGUGGAGACCUACACUGACUGGGGCACAUGUGUAGCUACUGCCUGUGAGAGCAGGGACCCACGGAAGCUUCACUGGCUGCUGGAGAUGCUGAUGGAAUGUCCUCUUAGUGGAGAAGGGGGAUCCUUUGUAGAUGCCUGUCAUCUGUAUGUGCUGCAGGGGGGUCUGGCUCAGCAGGAGUGGCGAGUACCGGAACUGCUGCAUAGGCUUCUGACCUAUUUGGAGCCCAAACUCACUCAGGUGUACAAGAAUGUACGAGAGCGUAUCGGCAGUGUGCUGACGUACAUUUUCAUGAUUGAUGUCAGUCUGCCGAACACACUACCCACAAAGUCCCCUCACAUCACUGAGUUCACAGAAAGGAUCAUUGCUUGCCUGAAACCACUGCUGGAAGGAGAGGAGGAGAUCCAGAACCAUGUAGUGGAAGAAAAUGGAGUGGGUGAGCAGGACGAGAGAACUCAGGCCAUCAAACUGCUCAAAACCGUACUGAAGUGGCUGAUGGCCAGCGCUGGCCGCUCCUUCACCACUCCAGUAGUUCAGCACCUCCAGCUGCUGCCUCUGCUUUUUAAGAUUGCUCCUGUAGAGAACGACGACAGCUAUGAUGAACUGAAAAGGGAUGCAAAGACCUGCUUGUCUCUCAUGUCCCAGGGUCUCCUCUAUCCAGAGCAGAUUCCUCUGGUACUCAAAGUACUGAACGAAAUUGCAGGGAGCAGCUCGUGGCAUGCCCGCUAUUCUGUGCUGACGUAUCUACAAAUAAUGGUAUUCUACAACCUGUUCACAAUGCUGAGCAAUGAACAGGCUGUCCAAAGUGUGCAAGCACUUGUCAUCAGGCUACUGGAGGAUGAGCAGUUAGAGGUGAGGGAGAUGGCAGCAACUACUCUGAGUGGUUUCUUGCAGUGUAACUUCUUGACCAUGGACACCUCCAUGCAGACUCAUUUUGAGGCUCUAUGCAAAACCAGACUACCUAAGAAGAGGAAGAGAGACUUGGGCUUUGUUGUGGACACCAUCCCCUCCAUUGAUCUAGUGCGGCGCCAUGCCGGAGUGCUGGGUCUCAGUGCCUGCGUUCUGUCCAGCCCUUAUGAUGUGCCCACCUGGAUGCCCCAGUUGCUCAUGGACCUCAGUGCCCACCUCAAUGACACGCAACCAAUUGAGAUGACGGUGAAAAAGACUUUGUCUAAUUUCCGCCGGACUCACCAUGACAACUGGCUGGAGCACAAGCAGCAGUUCACAGACGACCAGCUAGUGGUGCUCACAGACCUACUCGUGUCACCAUGCUACUAUGCCUAGACAGGUGAAACAGGUCUUUUUGGAGUGGGUUUUUUUUUUUUUUUUUUUGAGAUUUUUUUUUGUUGUUGUUUCUUUUUGUUUUUUUUUAAAACUUGGGCGUACUUCACUGUUUGUGGUUAAGAAAGCAGAUAUUAAGAGGACACGUGAUAAGAACAAGUAUAAUGAUGGAAAAGCAGAGUGAAGCAAUAACCUGAAUUUGGGGAGGUGAGGCAGGGGGAAAUUGGUUAUGUACUGUAUGUAUUCAACCCACAUUUUGCAUUUUUACUAUACUUAAUAUUUAAGGUUUAUCUGUGCAGGGAUAAACGGCCUGCAGUCUGUAAUAUUAUUGUACAGAUUUUUUUUUCCUGUACGUGUGGACAUGAAUGUGCGAUCAAGGACCGACUGCCUGUGGAUCUGAUCUCCCACUCGUGCAGUUCUUGCAGCCAUUUUUAUCUGGUCUCUUCAGAAGAUGUGAGGACAGGUCCAGAUACGGCGCUGUUAGGAAAUCAGUUUUCUCCUUUAAUUAUGUCUACAUUCACACCGCAGUUAAAAGUGGCCCAUGUCUGAUUUCAUUACACGUCACACACACCCCCAACCCCCCCCCCCCCCCCCCCCCCCCCCCCCCCCCGCCAUGACAGUAUGAAUCUUUCUACCCAUAAUAUCAGCGUGUACAGUCAUGGUACUACAAAAUCAAUCCAACUUUCCUUGAGAAUUUUGUGAAAAUCGCUGACCGAGAGAGUUGUCCUCAGCAUCUUAGUAUUUUGAAGGACGUUUGUAUGUAGGUCUGUCGCAAUCUACCACUUUGGUCUCACAUUUCUUUCCACUGAAGUAGCCAGCAUGACUCCACAGAAAGCUGUUCAUAAAAUCUUGGCCCACUUUUAUGUAUUUACAUUCGUAGAGAUUUGAUUUGUAGCUGACAUCGACAGUACGUUAAAAAACCGCUUCAGGUCAGGAGUUACUAGUGUUGCUUUGCUAGGUGCCUGAUGGAGUCAGUUCAGGAGCGUGAUUCUGAGUACCAUUCUUUAAAUUGUGGCCAGGAAAUAUCAUGUGAACAGUAAAUCUAAGUCUAAAGGUGGCCACUGAGAGAGCUCUUGAGAUCCUCUACCAAAUGGUAUGGUGAAUCCGAGGCCCUUUGUAAACCAGCACCACCGCAUAACGGACAUACCGUUUUGUGUUACUGUAGUAUGUGAUUGAUGACCAGUAGCUCUAUACGGUCUGAUGAGGUUCUGACUCACAAUUCUUGCAUAAACCUCAGUUCACAUGCCAACAUUAUUUUUGACUCAUUCUUGUAUUUAUAUUUGUGUGUGUGUGUGUGUGUGUGUGUGUGUGU